GGAGAGCAUCUCCUUAUUUCUCUUCCACCCGGAGCUCGGUCGGUCGGACCGCCGAGCAUCAUCUCCGUCGCGCAGUGCAGCGAGCUACAAAAAUAACUCGACCCGUUUAAACUUGUUCCGAAUUGUUUAGGGUCGGUUUUUCGCGUGAGGGGGGAGGAGGAGGGAGGGAGAGAGAGAGAGAGAGAGAGAGAGUGUGUGUGUGAGAGAGAGAGUGAGAUAGAGAGAGGAUAUAUACAGAUCCAUGUGUAUGUGUGUGUGCGCGUUUUGAUGUUAUUUGUGACGGAAUCCCCCCUUCAGCCUCCAAGAAUCCGCGAGCUGCGCGAGGAGGAGGAGGACCGUAGAGGAGGAGGAGGAGGCGCGCGGACCUGUCCACGAGCCCUUCUUCACUGCGGAACGUGCGCGGGGCUGCCGCUGGAGAUUCCACACCGAGCGUGAUUUUUUAGGAGCGCAGGGUCCAGCUGAUCUCCGCGCGUCAGCGUUCCGUGGACUCCGUGUGACAUCUCUGCCGAGAGGAAUACUACCCACCUACCCGCACCUACCCACCGGGGGGCAGAGAGCUGGCGGUGGAGUGGAGUAACAGAGGGGAAGAGGAGGAGGUGUUCAGAGCCAGACAGGUGGAUUUAUCCGUGUGAUGGUGUGUUUCGGGAGAGGCCGGGGGGACUGGAUGGAGGAGAAAUUGAUGGAUUAAUCUGAACGGAAGAGAGUCGUAUGUGAUUCCCGCACUCCUGCCGAGGGCACCCGAAUGGAGUAACAGGCUGCAAUGUCAUCUCCACCUGGCCGCCUGGAGAGAUGUGUCACGGGAAUGGGAUCAGACUUGAACACUUUUCCUCUGGUUUCACUGACGCUGUGAGAAGAAACCAAAAUGCCAGUAAACGGACGGGUCACGGUGGCUGCCUUCGCGGGCCCUCACACCACGCCAGUAAAACCCAACAUUCAUCGCACGGACUCCGAAGAAGAAGGCGCAAAACCUCCGCGACCGCAAACCUGCAGCAGCCACGCAUUGUGACACCGAAGGGUAUGAUGGGUGUAGUGGGCUGGAUGCUGCUCCUACUCUCUCAGAUGAUGGUGCCUGUGGCGUCCCAGAAGCCUCCAGGGCUCAGCGUAGGUGUGAUCAUGGGCCAGACGCGCCCUGUUUCCGACCAGGAGGUUCGGCCGCCCCGACGCGCCGACGAUGCCCUUGAUGUCGCGGUGGUCACACUGAGGAUCAACCAGACCGACCCGAAGUCUGUGAUUACACAGGUGUGUGAGCUUCUGUCUCGCACUCGUCUCCAUGGCAUCGUUUUUGCUGAUGGCACCGAUCAGGAGGCCAUUGCCCAGAUCCUUGACUUCCUGUCUGUUCAGACACAACUUCCAGUCCUAGGAGUUCAUGGAGGCUCCUCUAUGAUUAUGGCGGACAAGGAUGAGAAGUCCACAUUCUUCCAGUUCGGUGCAGCCCUGCAGCAGGAGGCGCUGCUGAUGCUCGCUAUCAUGGAGGAGUAUGACUGGCAUGUUUUUUCUAUCGUCACUUCUAAGUUCCCUGGUUACCAGGAUUUCAUCAGCACACUGAGGGUGACUGUGGAUCACAGCUUUGUGCGCUGGGACCUGCAGAGCGUGGUGACUCUCGAUGCUGUCGAUGGCGACCCAAACUCUAAAUCACACAUCGCCCUCAAGAGGAUCCAGAGUCCUGUUAUACUGCUGUACUGCUCUAAGGAUGAGGCUCUGUACAUACUGGAAGAAGCUCGGUCCUUGGGGCUGAUAGGAGCUGGUUACAUCUGGAUCGUAUCUAGUCUCACCACCGGCAACCCAGACUUUACCCCUGAGGUCUUUCCUCUUGGUAUGAUCUCCGUGUCCUACGAUGACUGGGAGUACCCGCUGGAGACGCGGGUGCGGGACGGGGUGGGCAUCAUCUCCUCUGCAGCUACCUCCAUGCUGCGGGAGAAGGGAGAGCUGCCUGAGGCCCAGAGCAGCUGCUACAGCACAGCAUCCGACCGGAGCCCGGGGAAACUCCCACCUAGUGCCCUGCGCAGACACAUGAUGCAUGUGUGGACCGAUGGCCGAGAUUUAUCCUUCACUCCAGAUGGGUACCAGGCCAACCCCAAACUGGUCGUCAUCGUCCUGAAUAGCGAGAGGAAAUGGGAGAAGAUGGGCCGUUGGGAGAACGGGACGCUGGCGCUAAUGUUCCCAGUGUGGCCAAGGUAUAACUCCUAUGGGGAUGAGGAUGCUGAUGAGAACCACCUCUCCAUCGUCACGCUGGAGGAGAAGCCUUUCGUUAUUGUUGAUAACGUCGAUAUCCUCACCGGCACCUGCAUGAGAAACUCUGUGCCCUGCCGCAAACAUGUCAAAAAUAACAGCACAUCGGGAGGUGCCUACAUUAAGCAGUGCUGCAAGGGUUUCUGCAUCGACAUCCUGAAGAAGAUCGCCCGGAACGUCAAGUUCACCUAUGACCUCUACCUGGUCACCAACGGAAAGCAUGGGAAGAAGAUCAACAACGUCUGGAAUGGCAUGGUCGGAGAGGUGGUUUAUAAGAAGGCGGUGAUGGCCGUUGGCUCCCUGACCAUCAAUGAGGAGAGGUCAGAGGUCAUUGACUUCUCCGUGCCAUUCGUGGAGACUGGCAUCAGCGUCAUGGUGUCACGAAGCAACGGGACUGUCUCUCCUUCUGCCUUCCUCGAGCCCUUCAGUGCAUCGGUUUGGGUGAUGAUGUUUGUGAUGCUGCUCAUCGUUACCGCCAUCGCCGUCUUCCUCUUUGAGUUCGUCAGUCCACUGGGCUUCAACCGUAACUUGGCCCAAGGCAAAGACCCACACGGCCCUUCAUUCACCAUCGGUAAGGCCAUAUGGCUGCUGUGGGGUCUGGUGUUCAACAACUCCGUCCCCGUUCAGAACCCGAAAGGCACAACCAGUAAGUUUAUUGUCUCGGUGUGGGCCUUCUUCGCUGUCAUCUUCUUGGCCUCCUACACUGCCAACCUGGCUGCUUUCAUGAUCCAGGAGGAGUUUGUGGACCAAGUCACUGGACUCUCGGACAAGAAGUUCCAGAGUCCGUACUCCUAUUCGCCUCCGUUUCGCUUUGGGACCGUUCCCAACGGCAGCACCGAGCGCAACAUCAGGAAGAACUACCCAGACAUGCAUCAGUACAUGACCAAAUACCAUCAGAGUGGCGUCCAGGAUGCACUCGUCAGCCUCAAGACGGGGAAGUUGGAUGCUUUCAUCUAUGACGCUGCAGUGUUAAACUACAUGGCGGGCCGAGAUGACGGCUGUAAGCUGGUGACCAUUGGCAGCGGCUACAUCUUCGCCACCACAGGUUACGGCAUCGCUCUGCAGAAAGGAUCCUACUGGAAGCGACUGGUGGAUCUGGCUAUACUGGGCAUUAUCGGAGACGGUGAGAUGGAGGAGCUGGAGGCCCAGUGGCUGACUGGGAUCUGCCACAACGAGAAGAACGAGGUGAUGUCCAGCCAGCUGGAUGUGGACAACAUGGCGGGAGUCUUCUACAUGCUGGCCACUGCCAUGGGCCUCUCCAUCCUCACAUUCAUCUCUGAGCACCUUUUCUACUGGAGGCUGCGAUACUGUUUCACUGGUGUCUGCUCUGGAAGGCCGGGUCUGCUCUUCACUAUCAGCAGGGGUAUAUGGAGCUGCAUCCACGGCGUUCAUAUAGAUAUGAAGAAGAAGGCACCGGAACUCGACUUCAGUCCUCAAGCCAACAUGCUGCAUUUACUCAAGUCCGCCAAGUCCAUCGCUUUGUCUUCUCCCAAACGCAACACUGUCCUCCUGCAACCGAGCAUUAUGGACGUGAUGACAGGGAAAGGUAACUCACUCCAUAGUCUGCCUCAGAAGGGUCCUGGUCUCUAUAGCAACGCUGCGGGUCCACAGGGUUUCCUGUCAUUGUCCGGGAGACACAAAAACCUCCUUAAUAAUGCUGCGCCAUUUCCUGGGCAACAAAAAGUCCCCGCUCACCAGACCAGCCCCAACAAGCCCCAGCUGUCAAUCACCAACGACAACGGCCAGACCCGCCUGGCCGGGCCGACUGGGCCGGCCUGCUCCGCCUCGAAGCCUCGAGCCCUGUGGAAGAAGAGCGUCGAGACGCUGAAGACUCAGCCGACUGUCAUAUCUCCAGGACCAAGUCCUGCCCCAGCAUCUGGGCCCGGUCCUCCAACAAUGAAGAGCCAGCGCUACCUGCCCGAAGAACCACCGCACUCUGACAUCUCAGAGUGUUCCAGUCGACCCCCAUCACACAAAGAUUCUGACUCCAUGGCGACGAGGGGCGGGUUUAAGCCAAUCAAUCAGCUGAGGAAGAGAGGCGGAGGUGGCAGUGCAGGGACCAAGAUCUACUCCAUUGACUCAGACCAGGCUAGUCUCCAAUCUGCUCCCCCAUACCAGCGAGACAGCCAGGGCGGAGGUGAUGACCACAGUUACCCCCCUGAUCUGUUUCCACCUGACAGCACAUACUCACACACUCACACACACUCUCACCAGGCAGACGCACCCAUUCUGCAGCUGAGUGCCAGCCUCCUGCAUCAUAGCCACAGCGCCGAGGCCGACCUGCACUCACUGAAGGACAAGAAGUACAGCACCUACACUCACAGCAGUGUGAAGGAGAAAGCUGGAGGUUCAUUCGACCAACCGGCUGCAGGUCAGGGGUCACAAGGCGUCCGGCCCGGCCACUGUCGGUCCUGCCUGACUAAGCUGAGCGGCUACUCCGGUCUCUACACCGUUCGCUCACCACAAGCCCGCUGCGAUGCCUGCGCCCACCUUGGGAACUUGUACGACAUCAGCGAAGACCACCUUCACUCGCACUACUCCCACACUCACCCACACAGCGGGGACAUGUUUACACACUAUCUUCCCCAGAGCGAGCUGGGCCUGGUGGGCGAAGGGGACGGCCUCGUCAGCCCCUUCGAGCCCUCCCCUUCUUCGCCGUCUCCUCUGCCCACCUCCUCGUCGGCCCAGCACCUCCAGCUGAGCCGCCAGCACUCCUACGAGAACGUGCUUCCAGAUGGCAUUCCCGAGCGGCAGUCACAGCCGCACCCCCACCUGCGGGGGCUGAGCCUGCCUGACAGAGAUAAGGAUCGGGAGCUGACCCUGGAUGAGGGGGCUUAUGCUAAUGUUCUCACCAUGCGCUCCGAUCGUCCGUUCAGCAGCCGCAGCCCCCCCUCUCCAUCGCCGUCCCACCAUCACAGCUUGGAUGCCCCGAUGCCUCUGCCCCGGCGCUCAAAGAGCCUCUUCCCCGAUCGGCCCUCUCACAACCCCUUCCUCCAGUCGGCGCCCGGCACGGCGCAACGAGACCCCGCCUCCCAGGCCGCCAUGCGCAUGCCACAGAGAAGCUCCGCCCACGAGCUCUACAAGCAGCGAUUGCCGAUGUCACUUACCCUGGGUAACCAUGGCAACCACCAUAUCAACCAACAUGUUGACCAACAGGUGUUCUACCCCCAGCAGGAGCCUCCUGUGGUGGCCUACAUGGUCCCACCUGCUGCCUCUCAACCAAUGAGCUAUGUGACAGCGCCACGCGCCUCGAGUGCAGGCAGCAACCGACCCCGGCUCUACCGGCGCAUGCCCAGCAUCGAGUCUGAUGUCUGAGAGUCACACACGACACACUUACUCUCACCGAAACACAUAACACGCACGCAUGCAAGAAAGAGGUGUGUGUGACCGGACCAGGCAGCUCUGAUUCAAAGCACAUUCACAAAAACACACAGACACACACACACAGAUGAAAGACGGGAAGCUCUGCUUCGGACUCAAAGGUUAACAGUGAUGCUGAGUAAAUAAAUCACUGUUUUCUUUAUCACACCCUCUAUAGGUCAGGGACGGGGCUAUGGGGACACCUGGAGGCACAAUACAACAUGAAGAGUGUGUGAGUGUCAGUGUGCGCAGUCGCCUCAAACUGUGGGCAUCGAGGCAUGAACUGACAGUACGUCUGGCAAAACAGAUUGAACCCCUGGUGGAAUAAGAGGGACGCUGUACAUGGAGUCUAACACCAUCAGUGGGAUCUGACGGAAGAUAUGACGGAGUGUUUGGAAGACGAGCCAACCUGUCCCACCCUCUCACCAGCCUCUUGGAGAUUAAGGGGACACAGAAAACCCCUUUCUUUCAUAGAUUUUGCACACACACACACAUACACACACACACACACACACACACACACACACACACACACACACACACACACAUAUUUCACCUAAACACACCUGCCCCUCUCCAGGACUCUCCUGUUGCACUAUGAUUUCUACAGUCAACCCGUAUGUUGUCUGAGCCUUCAAACUGCACUGCCAGCAUGGCUUUAAGAGUAGUAAACUACAGUAGAGUAAUCCCUGACUUCAAUGGAAAUCACUAUCUAUGUUACAGACUAGACUGGGAGGCGGGCAGCUGGUCAGGAAACAGGUCUGAGAAGUGUAUCAGCUCCUGCCCGCAGAUGUACAAACACUUGAACACACACACAAACGCUGUGUCUGUUUUUAAAAAGGGGACGCUAAAACUGCAGAGUGUUUGUUCUCGUUGAUGUCAGUUAAUUGAACAUUCCAAAAAGUGGACCAACUGCGGCCACCAGUAAAAGUCUCUCAGGAUGAGGGUGUGUGUUCUAGUGUUUCUAGAUCUAGAGACAUACAGUAUAGCAUCCUUGCUUCCUCUCUUAGCUAGCCUUCAGGUCAUACUGCAUGCUUCCUACUGCCCUGUGUUACAGUUAAACUCCUAUACAGGGUCAUAUAUGCACACACAUACACAUACACACACACACACACACACACACGCUGAUAUGCACAUGCUCAUAUGCACAUACACAGUAGUCUAGGACAGUAGUUUAGGGUGGGUGUGUGUGUCGAGGCUAUGAGAUAGCUUCUCUUUGUGCACUUUGUAGAUUUUAUACCCUGCCACCUACACAGAUGUUUGACCAAAAACACUUUUAUACUGAAAAAUAUGAAUAUUCUCAGUCAUUUGCUGGAUAGAUGUUUUCUUUUCUCUUAUUUCACUUUGACAUUGGGUUUUAGAGCACCGUUAGGGGGCAUAGCUCUGUCAGUUUUCCAUUGUGAGGUCAGAAGUUUUACAGUGUUAGUGGGUACAGCAUCAUACAUACAGUAUACACAACCCCAACUCUUUAUCUUUCUCUCCUCUUUUUUAUCUUCUACUCUGUUCAUCUCCUCUUUACCUCCCCAGGCCUGUCAUUCCUCCUUUCUUUCUUUUUGCUAUUUCCCUGCUUCCUUCCUUCUAUAGACUAGAUUGAGAAGAUGUUGACGGUGUUUAAAAACUCAACAUAUCGGUGGAAAUCAAUUCAGUAGUCAUGAUCCGACUCAACACUCGUAGGAGAGAGUGUUUUUUUUCUAAUGAAUUUUCAUGUCAAAACUCUAGGCCUGUUUUAAUGUUUCCAUAGUGAAUUUUGAGGCCGUUGCAGAUUUGCUCAUCAAAUUAAUUCUCCUGGAUGAACGUCAGAAUAGCUGGUACUUGUGUGGCUUGCUGUUGGCGAGAACAGAGAGGGAGUCACGUGGUGACGCAGAGAGUUUGCAAAGUUAUGUGUUACAGAGGCAACACACACACACACACACACACACACACACACACACGCACACACGCACGCGACAAGCUGGUAAUGUGUGUAUGAGUGUUCUAGAAAUCCAUAAUCUACUGAGUAAGGGCAUUGAUUUUUUUGAGCACAAGAAUUUUGAUGGAAAAAGGACUUGAUAUCCCAUUAGCUGAGUAUCUGUCUCUAUUCUCUUUCUCUCUAUUCUCUCUCUCACACACAAAUAUCUACAGUAUAUACGGUGUAUCGGCUGCAAAGAACACAAGACAGUUUGAGACUAAAAGACAAACGCUGCCCCUCUUUUCUUAACAGGUUUGGUGUGUGAGUUAUAUGCACAAUAUCAGGUUGCAAUAUUAUAAUUCUGUACAGAGAAAUCUUUGUUUUAAAUGUUACAAACUGAUUUCAUUUGUUUGAUUUGAAUGGUAUUUAAGUGUUGAAUUAAUUUCAAUAAUGAUGUGACUUUUUAUUCUGCUUCUUUGAGAAAAAAAAAGACUGGCAUGUUUUAGAUUCUUGUGAGUUUUAUUUAUUUUUUAAUUUAUUUUUUUCGCUCUAGUGUGUCGUUGGUUGGUUGGGACUUCACUGUACAGUCGACACAGCUGGGUUAACAGACCAGUUAGCUAACCGGUAAACUAGCUACACGUAGCUGCGUCUCUCAUGUGAAUCACACUCAAUGAAUAAUGAUCGUCCAGCCUGUGUGGUUAAUACAAAAACUCCCUCCCACCCACAUAGUUCUCUUCCACUACGAGUCUGUGCUGUUUCACCUCUGAGUGUGAGCAUGUGUGUGUGUGUGUGUGUGUGUGUGUGUGUGUGUGUGUGUGUGUGUGUGUGCGUUUUACACUGUGCAGGCAUUUAUAUAACACAGCGGAUGUGUAUUUAGAGAGCUUGUGGUGUGUGUGUGUGUGUGUUUGUGUGUGCGUGUGUGUGUGUGUGCGUGUGUGUGCGUGUGUGUUUUUCUGUACACUUUUCCCUUCGUCCCACACAUAACAUUUGGCCUGGCUCUUACUCAUAUAGCACACACACACACACACACACACACACACACACACGUUGCAUCUGUAUUGUGGUGAGGAGCGCAUGUAGAGUGAGUUUUGUGUGUCUACAUCACACAGAUUUUUACACCAACCUUUUGUUUUACUUUUUGAUUUUUUAAAUUGCAUGAUGUGCUCGUGUUUCUGGUGGUACCUAUUUUGCUGCAGGACCUAAGUUCUCUCUGAGUUUUCAACCUGCUGGGCUACAGCACCAACACGCACCCCUCCGCCAGCGAUUGAGUCGGGCUGGAGCCUUGGACGGUGACGCCUCCUGGCCCGGGGCCGGUUAUGUCAGCAGCAGGGCACCCAGCUGGCUCCCGCACAAUGCCAGCUGUCGUCAAGGGACACGUUUUCUAAAAAAGUGUUUCAAAAGGCUCAUCACAGAUCUUAGUUUGGCCCAGGUGUUCUCUCUCACACACACACACACACACACACACACACACACACACAGUGCUGGACGGAAGGAGUGUGUUGGUGUGUGGUCCUGUAGGUCUCCCUGCUGUGUAUCUCACUUGUGUAUAAGUUCAGGGGUUUGUAAGCUACUAGUUGUGUUGUAAAUACUACCUUGUCACUCAGUACCUCUGUACAAUCUGUAAAUAAGUAAAGGUUACAUUUUUCUA